GUUUGAAUUUCUAUCUUUACUUGGAAUACUGACAUCUACAAUGACUCGUAUUACUGAUGCUUCUACAGACAGAGUCAUGAGUCUCGAAUCCAUCAACCAAAAAGUUGUUCAGUUCGAGUAUGCUGUUCGAGGUGCACAAGCCAUUCGUGCUGAACAACUCCGCAAGCAACUUGUCGAAGGUCCAAAUGAUUUGCCUUUUAAGGAGAUUGUCAGCUGCAAUAUUGGUAAUCCACAACAGCUCAAACAGCUUCCCAUCACUUUUUAUCGACAGGUCUCUGCUCUUUGUGAAUAUCCAGAUCUAAUGAAUGCAGCCAAUCUGCCCGUCACCAGCAAGAUUUUUGCCAAGGAUGCUAUUGAAAGAGCCAAGGAACUUCUUACUGCCAUGGGAGGAAGCACUGGCGCAUAUACUCAUUCUCAAGGCAUUCCACUUGUUCGCCAAAGAGUUGCCGAGUUUAUCGAAAAACGCGACGGAUUUCCAUCGGAUCCGGAUUCGAUCUUCUUAACUGCUGGUGCCAGUCCUGGUGUUCAGAUGGUUCUGCAAACACUGAUUUCCAGCGACGACGUUGGAAUUAUGAUUCCAAUUCCUCAGUAUCCACUUUAUACUGCUUCCAUUUCACUCUAUGGUGGAAAUGCAGUGCCAUACUAUCUUGACGAAUCCAAAGACUGGGGUCUGACUCUGGAGGAACUGACUCGUUCUAUCAAGGAUGGACGCAGUAAAAACUAUCAAGUUCGUGCCUUGUGCGUCAUCAACCCUGGAAACCCAACUGGACAGUGUCUUCCGAUUGAUAGCAUGCGCCAGAUCAUCGAGUUUUGUCACAGAGAAAAUGUUGUGUUGAUGGCUGACGAGGUUUAUCAGACCAACAUUUACAAACCAGAAGAGCUUCCCUUCCACUCUUUUAAAAAAGUCCUCAAAAGCAUGGGCUCCAAGUACGAAUCUGUCGAACUCUUUUCAUUCCAUUCUGUUUCCAAAGGAACCAUUGGUGAAUGUGGACGUCGUGGCGGUUACUUUGAGUGCACCGGCAUUGACUCUUCCGUCAAAGAGAUGCUGUACAAGAUUGCAUCUGUUUCUCUGUGUCCUCCUGUUCAGGGUCAAUUGAUGGUUGAGCAUAUGGUGCAUCCACCUAAAUCAGAUGGUGAUAGUUAUGCUUUAUACAAAAAGGAAAAUCUAGCCAUAUACGAUUCUCUUCGCCGCCGUGCUGAAAAACUUGCAAGUGCAUUCAACUCGCUCGAAGGUGUAACCUGCAAUAGUGCUCAAGGUGCCAUGUAUCUUUUCCCUCGCAUUCGACUUUCUGCCAAGGCUGUCCAAGCCGCCAUGGAUGCUGACCAGGCACCUGAUGCAUUUUAUUCAAUGGCAUUGCUAAACACCACGGGAGUGUGUGUUGUGCCCGGAUCUGGAUUUGGGCAGGUUGAUGGUACAUACCACUUUCGAUCCACUUUUCUGCCACCUGAAGAGCUCAUGGAUCAAUUUAUUGGCAACAUCAAAGCUUUCCACAAUGAGUUUAUGAAAAAAUAUGCUUAAUCUGCUUAUUGUAUGAUUAAACCAUUAUUC